AUGGAAAAUAUGGAAAUCAGCUAUAAAGAAUUCGUACUUUUAUUCUCUUGGGCGAUAUAUUUAUUUGAACAAUAUUUAAGUUUUCGUCAAUAUAAGAAACUUAAGGAACCAAAUCCACCUAAAUCUUUACAAGAUAUUGAAGAAGUUCGAGAAAAAUUUAAAAAAUCUCAAGCUUAUGGCCUUGAUAAAGCCAAAUUUCAAUUCGUAUCUGCAUUGUUUGGACAAAUUCAAAGUACUUGGGUAAUUGUAUGGAACAUAUUACCUUGGUUAUGGACAUCCUCAGGAGAAUGGUUAAGUUAUGCCGGAUACAAGACUGAAUAUGAGAUCACACAAUCAUUAUUAUUUACAGUCAUAAUGACAGUCAUGACCUACCUUAUAUCACUUCCCUUAAGUCUCUAUUAUACAUUUGUUAUUGAAGAAAAACAUGGAUUCAAUAAGAUGACUUUAGGAUUAUUUUUUAUGGAUAUGAUUAAAGGAUUUUUAAUAGCUGGUGUUAUAGGAUUACCAAUUUUAGCUUUAGUUUUACAAAUCAUUAAGUGGAGUGGGGAUACUUUUUAUUUCUAUGUUUGGAUAUUUAUGAUAAUUUUCAAUUUUAUCUUACUCACAAUUUAUCCAACAUUAAUUCAACCUUUAUUCAAUAAGGUUGAACCACUUCCGGAUGGUGAAUUACGAGAACAAAUAGAAGGAUUAGCUUCACGAAUCAACUUUCCUUUGAAAAAACUUUAUGUAAUUGAUGGUAGUAAAAGAUCGGGACAUUCCAAUGCCUACUUUUAUGGAUUCUUUAAAAAUAAACGAAUCGUUCUAUAUGAUACUUUAAUUGAACAAGCUAGUACUGGUCAUGAAUUAGGACAUUGGAGUCUUAAUCAUACAAUUAAAGUUCUUAUAAUUUCUCAACUUCACAAUCUUUUACUUUUCUUCUUAUUUUCUCAAUUCAUUCAUGAUUCUUCUCUUUAUAAAUCAUUUGGAUUUGAUACUCAACCAAUUUUAAUUGGAUUCAUGUUAUUCCAAUUUAUUUAUGCACCGGUAGAAAAUGUUGUGGCUUUUUUGAUGAAUAUACUUAGUAGAAAACAUGAAUUUGAAGCUGAUACAUUUGCCAAAAAAUUAGGAUUUGGAUCACAACUUCGUUCAGGACUUAUCAAAAUUCAAUUGAAAAAUUUAGGAAAUUUAAAUAAUGAUCCAUGGUAUUCGGCUUAUCAUUUUUCACAUCCUCCACUUCCCGAAAGAUUAGCUGCUAUAGAAAAAACGGAUUGA